AAUUAGACUAGUUUUCGUACGUUACAAUCUUAUUUUCUGUGAGCACAGAUUCCCAAUUUCACUCCGCCACCCGUGAAAUCCCUCUUUCCGUCCGGUUGUCAGUCGCAGCUAGUGGUUCGAAACCCUAACUGUAUUCGCCGUCCCAAUUAACUCGAAUCAAAAGCCGAUUGCCGAUAAUGAACGGCGGCGUUUCAAGAUUCGAGAACUCUACGCCUCUCAAGACCGGCGCGUUCACCAAGUCUGCAAUGGCGAACGACGUCGCGUCGCUUAAGCCGCCACCCCCGUUAAUCAUCGAUCGGUUCAGGGGCAUGUUGAAGGAGAGAGAGGCGGAAUUUAGCGUUUUCAAUAAUGGAGGCCAUGACUCUGAUACGAACUUGGGUACCGAGGAAAUUGUGCGGCUUUACGAGAUUGUUCUGUCGGAACUCACUUUGAAUUCGAAGCCUAUAAUUACCGAUCUGACGAUGAUUGCUGGACAGCAGAGAGCGCAUGCCAAGGGCAUAGCUAAUGCUAUUUGCGAUCGGAUUAUUGAGGUUCCAGUUGAGCAAAAAUUACCUUCGCUGUAUCUUUUGGAUAGUAUUGUGAAGAAUAUAGGCAGGGAUUAUGUUAGACACUUCUCUGCACGCUUGCCCGAGGUCUUCUGCGAGGCCUACAUGCAAGUCCACCAUAGCAUGCGUCCUGCUAUGCGCCACCUUUUUGGUACCUGGUCGACAGUGUUCCCAUCAUCAGUACUUCGCAUGAUUGAGGCGCAGUUGCAAUUUUCCCCUGGUAUAAAUAAUCAACAACCUGGUUUGGCUCCCUCGAAAGCUUCAGAAUCUCCACGCCCAACACAUGGCAUACACGUAAAUCCUGAAUACUUGGAAGCACGGCAUCAGAUUGGUCAUUCAACUAUAGACACAGUUGGAGCCAAAGGUUUAAGCUCAUCUGGUCGGGCAUGCCCAGGCCGUACAACUUCGCCAUCGCACCAAUCACUUGAUGCAUUUGGUGUGGACAGUUAUCGAAGGGUUGCUGAAACGGCCUCACCAUCUAAUUCUAGAUUUGAAUAUGGGCUUAACAGAGUGACGGGCAAAGAAGAGGAGACAAAUAAACUGCGAGCAAAAAAUUGGCAUGGCGAAUCUGGUCAACGUCUUAAAAAUCCAGCUGUACUUAAUAAAGGAGUUGAUCUUCAAGGACCUAGAGCCUUGAUUGAUGCUUAUGGAAUUGAUCACAGGGAGAAAAAAUUGAACCUUAAACAUAUAAAGGUUGAGCAAAUGGGCAUAAAUGGUUUUGACCAAACAACAGCUUCCAGGACAUGGCAAAAUACUGAAGAGGAGGAAUUUGAUUGGGAAGAUAUGAGUCCAACUUUAGCACCCCAGAGCAAGGACAGGUUUGCUACACAACGUGCUGCGUCUUUGGUGACUAAUUUCAGAAGCAACUCGUUAAGUGCGCAAUUUUCUUCCACUUCUGAUUCUUCCAUUUUUGAGGGUGUUCGUCCUGUCAGUUCUAGCCAUGGAGGAAUUAGUAAGAUUACUGGUUCACACAGGGCCUCAAAUCAGAUAGCUGCUUCUAGUUAUAUCCAAGAAUCAUGGAAUUUACCAUAUCAACCUUCGCAACAUUAUUUGAAUGCCAAAGAAGGUAGUUUGCAUUCAGGAAUUGGAGCCUUUUCCACAGCUGAUGAGCAAAAGCCGCCUACAAUUGGAAAUUUCUCUAGUGUAGAUGGACAGUUUUUUGGGUCGCACUCUGUUGUUGACUCUUUAGCUCCUGAGAUUCGAUCAGCUGAUGCAUCUGGGUUAACAAAGGUAUGGCAUCCUGCAAGGUUACAGAAUUCAUACCCAUUGCCUUCGCAUUCUGCUCUUCCUCCAGAAAUGCACAUCAGGAGUCAAUUUCCUAUUAGUGUCAAUAUCAGCAAGUCAAUUCCUUAUGAGCAGCAUCUGGACAAAACUGGCAUGUCAAUAAGCAACUUGCCUCGAGCUCCCAGUCAGUUCUCCCGACCAGUAGUUCAUCCACAUCUACUACCACCUAGAAAUAAUGGAUACGCUGCACAAGGACGUGGUCCUCCUAUUGGUAUAGCCUUGUCUAAUCUAGAUCCGGUUGUGCAAUCAUCUUUGCCUAUCAUCAAUGCCCCAAACACAUCAUUCCAUUUACCAGGGACAGCUAUUCCAUCUUUACCCAGGGGACCACCACAUGGCACAACUCAAUCAAUACCCCCUGGAAAUAAUGUUCAAGUUGCCCCUAACCCUCCAGCACAGGGUGCACUUUCUGGUUUAAUUAGUUCUCUCGUAGCGCAAGGUUUGAUAUCAUUGACAAAACAGGAUUCUGUGGGAGUGGAGUUUGAUCAAGACCUUCUUAAGGUGCGUCAUGAGUCUGCCAUAACUGCUCUAUACACUGAUCUUCCCAGACAAUGCAAAACAUGUGGCCUUCGAUUCAAAAGCCAAGAAGAGCAUAGCAAACAUAUGGAUUGGCAUGUCAACAAGAACCGGACUUUAAGAACCCGUAAGCUGAAGCCUUCUCCCAAGUGGUUUGUCAGUGUCAGUAUGUGGCUCAGUGGGGCCGAAGCAGUGGGGACUGAAGCAGUUCCAGGGUUUUUACCGGCUGAUGAUGUGGAAAUGAAAGAAGAUGAAGAAAUGGCUGUUCCUGCUGAUGAGGAUCAGAAUGCUUGUGCAUUGUGUGGAGAGCCUUUUGACGAUUUCUAUAGUGAUGAAAUGGAUGAAUGGAUGUAUAGGGGGGCUGUCUAUAUGAAUUCACAAGCCGGAUCAACUGCAGGGAUGGACAGGUCACAGCUAGGUCCUAUAGUACACGCUAAAUGCAGGUCUGAGUCUAAUGCUCCAACUGAACAUUUUACAAAAGAUGAAGAGUUUUAUUUGCAGGAAUUAAGUGAAGAGGGUCGUCAAAGGAAAAGGAUGCGGAGUUAGCAUCGUUGGACGUUGUAUGUCUCCUGCGUAAAUUAGUUAUACAUUUCUUCCACGUUAUAGUUCAGUUCAGUAGCAGCCAACACUUAUUUAGACUUGACAGAGAUUUGUAAUUUGUAAUUUAGUAAUGCCUGAGUUUUUAAUGAUCUUUAGUGCA